AUGCAGAAAGUUCCAGUCUCGAGAUGGCUUUCUGUUAAUCUAUUCAUUUGGGGUGGUAUCACUAUGGCGCUUGCUGGUUGUAAAGGAUUCGACUCAUUCUUAGGCUUACGUUUCCUGCUGGGUGCACUUGAGUCUUGUUCGACCCCAGCUUAUCUUUUGAUCACUGCGACAUGGUAUACUGUCGAGGAGCAGCCCAUCCGAAUAGGUUGGUGGUCUACAUUUCUUGGCGUAGCGAACUCUUUUGGUGGACUCUUGGCCUUUGGCGUUGGUCAUAUAAAAGGCACUUUAGAGCCUUGGCAAUACCAGUUUAUUGUCAUCGGAGCACUGUCAUCGAUAUGGGCUAUAUUUAUGUUCUUUACCCUGGCUGACCGCCCUGAAACUGCUCCUUGGUUGAAUGAAGAGGAAAAAGUUGUGGCAGCUCGCCGUCUAGGACCUAGACACCACGGAGCCAACCAUCGCGAGAUCAAGAAAUACCAGCUUAUCGAAGCCGCCACUGAUCCCAAAACCUGGUUAUUUUUUCUUUGUGGAGUGGCCACCCAAGUUGUCAAUGGAGCUGCCAGCAACUUUGGGAGUCUGAUAAUCUCGGGAUUCGGAUAUUCAAACCUGGUGACCACCCUUUUCCAGAUUCCUUACGGUAUGGUUAUCUUGGUCUCGAAUGUUUCUGCGAUGUAUAUUCAAAGAUGGCUCCCUGGCCAAAUGAGAUGCCUGGUGGCCGUUGCAUAUGUGUCUGCUGUAAACGGCGUCUUUUUUAUCUCCUACUGCGUGGGCAAUAUCAUCGGGCCAUUCUCUUUCAAAGAAUCCGAGGCUCCAGAGUACACUUCAGGAAUCAUUGCUAUGUUGGUAGCAUACUGCGUUGAUAUCUUUCUCCUUUUAACAUUUGCAUUUUAUGCAGCCAUGUUGAACAACAAGAAGGAAAGCGCUCUUGAGCGAGAUGGUAUCAGCCUUCAAGAUGCCUCAUUCCAGAGCAUGGACGCGAACUCGGCUGAUCAGACGGACCAAGAGGACCCCUUUUUUCGAUACUCCUACUAG